AUGUCAGGCAUUGGCGUCUGCACGCAGGCGACGUGGGCGUCGUGGCAUAGCGGCUUCUUGCGCGGGCUUGCGACCUUGAAGAAGUACUUUCUGAAGAUACAGACAGACGUACGACUUCAAGUUGGCCUGGUGACGCCGCACAAGCGUCAUGAAGAGAAUGGCGAGGCCGAGGACGACUAUGCGCAGCUCUCUGUCAGCGAAUGA